GCAGAGUCAGUGUUUACAACAUGAGGACAGCAGACUGCACGAGCCCGUUGCAGGUAGCGUAGAGUUAAAAUUAGAGACAAAGUUGGUGGAGGUCGCUUUUUUUAAACAUUUCUUUUCUCGUCAAAGUUGGUAGAGCUCCAGAAGAACCGAGUUCGGGUUCGUAGCUUUGAAGCUAGCUAACUAUCGGCUCGAAAACAAACUAUUUUCGCUAAGGAGAAAACAUUAACUCGCUGGCUUCUGCAUGGUCCCGAGCAGCUAGCUAACAGUUAGCUGCAGGGGGCUAACUAGGCUAGCGAGGUCCAGCCCAAAAAAAAAAAGAAAAAAAAAAGGGGGAAAAAGAAAUUCUUUUUACCUCGGGUGGAUGUUGUCAUCCCCCUCGGCUUUUUUUUUUUUACUACUUUAGAAGAAAAGCGCGAGUUCACGCUGGAUUUUAAACCCCCGCUUUUUAGGAAACUAGCAUGUCCGCCGAGGUUGAGUGCAGUCCGGUCGACCCGGGUUUGACAGCCGGUAGCUUCAGCGGGGCGCAGGGGGAGAACCACCGCAGCGAGCCGGAGSAGGACCAGAAGCAGCGGGGUCCGGAGACCCGGCCGUCCGAACACGACCACAAACCCAAGGAGCGAAAAGAAAACGACAAGGAGAACGAAGAAGAAGYAYGAGGAGGAGGCAGCAGUGCUGACUCGGCUGUUCAGGUGGUGAAGAAGAAAGUUGUUGAAGCUCCUCCACCUAAAGUCAACCCCUGGACGAAGAGGACCGCAAACAAAAUACCUCCWAAUAAAAUCAUCUCCAGCUCCCAGGAGACAG